UGAAGCUCACCAACCCAACAAUCUCAUGCAUAUUUAUCCCAUCGAACAUCACUUAGAAGCUAGCAACUAGCAAGGCAUGGAAGCUUUGUGGAAUUUAGAGGACAAACUGAGGCUUUCAACCCAAAAGGCACUCAUUCUGUUGGUAUGCUCUGCUUUUGCUGUCAUAGCUCUCUGCACUGCAACAGUACUAAAGAAAAAGGGUAGAAGAAAGCAACUUCCGCGCCACGACACAGUCACCGGUGACGACUCAAUGAGAAGUUGCGGUUGGCUUUCGAUAAAGAAGGUUUUGAUGGGAUCGUUGCGGUGGAGUGGAGCAAACAAGUGGGGGGAAGGAAGAAUUGGAGAGGGGCCAGCGCCGCUGCUCGGCUUGGAAGGUUGGGAAAGCCAUAACUCGGUGUCACCAGUGUGGCAAAGGCCAAUACUUAUGGGGGACAAGUGCGAGCUUCCAAGGUUCAGCGGGCUUAUCCUCUAUGAUGAACGAGGCCAGCUGCUUAGUGAGUCCCAAAAGGAGGAAACUACUCAUCACCAGGUAGAAACAGCAGCUGUUGUGAGAACUACUCUGAGGGAUUUGCUGUAA